AUGCUUCGCCGUCAUAUUCGCCGUCUUCCCCGCAAUACAGCCCCACUUCGCCCAUAUACACCCCAAGCAGCCCUCAGUACUCUCCGAGCUCUCCACAGUACACUCCGUCAGGAAAUCCAGCCUCACCAGUGUACUCGCCGUCAUCACCUCAAUACAGCCCAAGCUCUCCGCAGUACAGCCCCAGUUCUCCCAACUACACACCUUCAUCUCCUUAUUCGCCAAACUACGAUCCGGACAACUACAGUUAGAGAUCUUUUCUUGUUACUUAGAAUGUUGUUCUUAUUAUUUAUUGUACAGAUUUUCAAAUCUACACUAUUUUUCUCUUUUACUUGUUUUUCAUGUGGCAUAUAUCUCAAAACUUAUAAUUCCGAAAAUGUUGAUCAUUUCUUAAAGAUGAUCUGUUGUGGAUUCCAAUCAAUAUCAAGCCCAGUUGUUUGUACAUGUAAGUGA